UGAACGGAGUGGAGGCGGUCCUUUGUCUGGUGGCUUUAUCGGGGGCGCGCCUACGUGCCCGCGCCGUGCAUCACGCAGGUGUGCUGGGGUGAGGUCAUCGCUCGCGAGGACGUGCAGCAGGAGCAGCGGGGAAUGAUGAACGCAGCCAUCAUGGACGACUUCUUCAAAACGGUUGAGGAAGUCAGAUGCCUGAUUGCAAAAAUCUCCUUUCAAGCAGAGGAGGUGAAGGCAGUACAUGGUGUCAUCCUCUCCUCUUCAAAUCAGGACAAAAAAAACAAAGAUGAACUGGAGCUGCUGAACACUGAGACCAAGAAGAAUGCAAACUUAGUCCGAGCAAAGUUAAAAUUCAUGCUCAAGAAAUGGCCGGUGGAUGACGACAGCAUGGGUGCCACAGUAAUCCAACGAAUUCAGAAGAACCAGCACUCACACCUGACUCGGUGGUUCUCUGAAGUCAUGAGGGACUAUCAUAAGGCGCAAGUCUGCUUCAGAGAGAAAUGCAAGGCAAAAAUUCAGAGACAGCUGGAAAUUGUGGACAAAGUGACCUCAGAUGAUGAAUUGGAGGAGAUGCUGCAUCGAGACAAUCUGGCCGUCUUCAUUUCUGAUGUCAACUGUGACGCUGAAAUUUCGAGUCAGGCUUUGACUGAGAUUGAGCGUCGUCAUGAAGACAUCCUCUGCCUGGAGUCCAGCAUUAAAGAGCUGCAUGAGGUGUUUGCUGACACUGCCAUGUUGUUGGAGAGUCAGGGGGAGUUGAUCAACAACAUAGAGAAGAACGUCACCAGUGCUUCUGAGUAUGUCGCUGGAUCCAAAGAGGAAACUGAUAAAGCGGUCGCAUACAAAAAAAAUCGCUUCAAGAUCGCCUCUCUUCCGAUUUUCUUGAAGCCCCUCAAGAGAAAAUCUUCAGUUAAAACUAAUGUAGAUCCAAAGAUCUGAACCAGGAGUGAACUCACAAGCCUCUUUGAACGCCCUGAUCAGCAUCAACGCCUCGGCCACAAGAAAAACACUUUCAUCUCAUUUGAAGUUCACAUCUGCCCCCAAAAAGACACUGAAGACACGGUUCCCUGUAACCUGUCAAAUGAAAAGAUACUGUGGAGAACAGAAUUUUCUUUCUCAAGCUGGAAAAACAUUUUAACUUUGUUUAUAAAAGUAUGCCUUCUACUGUACUGCACUGCCUUCUACUGUUAUGUAUUGACAAGAACUGUUUGAAUCACCUUUUCAUCUGUUUAGCCAGCAGGUGGCAUGAGAGCACUGCUGUGAAUCCAAUGUAGUUUCAGAUCAGCUUGGUAUUUCAGCUAAUAGUAUUGCUGUGAAAGUUACAGUAAAACGACAAUAAUAUGAGAUAGAAAACUGUCUUGCCAUGGCAGGUUAAACCUCAUGAACUGUACUUUACAGACCAUUCGGGGUGACAUGAAUAAUGAUGAGCAUAUCCUCGAUCAGAGUCCGACCAGUGUGACGUUUGUUUGUUCUUUCUGAGUGAAUGUGGGCCUGAAUGAAUGUAAUGUAGAAAAGCAGCUGAGCAGACAUCAGUUUAUUGAAUGACUGUUUUAAUAAUUGUCAAUGAAAAGGCUGGUGUCAAAUUACAAACACCCAACAAAACAGAGUGCUGUGCUCGAAACAAAUAGUGUGAAUUAGAAAGUGCUCUCCAUGGUCAGACAUAUUGUACCAGCUUGAUUUAUUUAUAGAUCUCAUUUAUUGCUGUCCAGGAGAAAUGAUGGAAAGUCAUUUUACAAUGAAGUAUUUUUGUUUUUGUUUUUUUGUUUUGUUUUUGUUUUUUACAUCUUUCUGGGGACAAACAGAUGAGCAAAUGCUUUUUCUUUGUUUUUGUUUUUUUGUGGACAUUUAAUCUGGAAAAUUAGAAUCAGUUUGAAUUUAAUGUCUUGUUCCCAUUUUGGAGUUAUUGUAACAUUUUUUUAAAGCUCUGUAUCUAUGAAUCUAAAGAGUUUUGUAAAUUAGGCAUGUGCUUGUGCAGAAGACUCUCAGAUUUGUUACUGUUCAAGGAAAUGUCUCAAUGGUGCAUCUUAAAAAUGCAAGAAAUUUGGAACAACUACAUUCUCAAACAUCCUCAAUAGCUCACCUCUUCUUGAGCCGAGAAGCACUUUCUUUCAUUGAUAGUUAGCCCAGUAUAUAUGAUAUUUUCCCAAGGAAAGUUUAAAUCCUGAAAUACACAGGAUAAAAUGUUGCUCACUGUGAAGUUUCAUUUGCAAUGCAGCUCACUGCUUUACAGGUUAUUCUAUUCUAGCACCCAGAAAGUUACCCCCAUCUCAAAGGCUGUAAUUAGACCACCCAGCAGAUAAAACGUGUUUCUUUUUUUCCAAAUACACGAUGAGUACACUGGGGAUUUUUAAAGUCUACUUUAGAUGAAAUACUUUCUUUAGCUGAAAAAAGUCACAUGAUAACACCAGGCUGCCAAAAUGUGUGUCCUCAUUUCAGAUCAGUCUGUGAAAGCCUGAUGAAUAAAUUGUGAAAAACCAAAAGGAAAAAAGCAGUUUAUUUUUAAUCACGACUUUAAACAUAUCCUGACCAUGAUAAAUUAUGAUCCCAUUUAGAACAAUUCUAUUAAUUUCAUGUCA